AUGAUGUCCAGGACCCUGAGGCUGGCCCUGCUGGCUUUGGCCUGCGCUGUGGACCUGAUCCGGGCCAGUAGCUUCACAGAAAAUGGCCUCUCACUGCUAAGCUACCAGCUGUGCAGUUACCCCGUGACCCGGAAUGUCCAGAGGCUGCAAGCGGUGCAGACCUCCCAUAUAGCCUAUGUGUACUGUGGAGGAUGGAUCCCGUGGAGAAAGUGCCCCAAGACCAUGUACCGGACCCAGUACCUGGCUGUGGAGGUUUCCGAGUCCAAGAACGUGACCGACUGCUGUACGGGCUUUGAGCAGCUUGGCCUCUACUGUGUUCUGCCUCUGAACCGGUCCGGAGAGUUUGCAUCCAGACCCGGGGUCUGCCCAGCAGCUGAGCCAGAGUCAGCUAGCCCACCGUGCAGCUUGGACAUCGACUGCUCUGGACUUCAAAAGUGCUGCUCCUGGCCAGGGGCCCGCCGCUGUGUGGCCCCCACACCCACAGGAGCAGAGAGAAGUCUGGUGGGCUGGUACAACUUGACUGUGCUGGUGAAGAUGGCCUUCGAGGACCUGCAGCGAGAGGACCCUGGGCUCCGGAACCACACGCGCCUGCUCUACUCUUUGGUCACCAGUGCCUUGCAGCCUCUGAGCCCAGCUGUACACUACCUGAACUCAACUGGUGGCAGGGACACAUUCACCACAGUGUCGUGGCUGCUGCUGGGCCUUCCGCAGCUCAUGACUGUGGCCAACGUUUCAGCCAUGUUGGAUGACAUGGUGAAUCGUGUCUAUGAAGUGAUCAGCAUCCGGGUGCAAGAUGUGAACGAAUGCUUGCACAGUGAACUCCGUGUAUGCUCUGAAGGACAGCAGUGUCUGAACAUGGAGGGCUCCUACCAAUGUGUCUCUACCCAGCAGCUGCCCACCUUGCCUUCCCAGCAGCUGAACCACACAAAAGAAGAUUGCCCUCCAAUCCGAGACUUUGUGGCGCUUGAUGUCACCAGCAGCAGUUUCCGUGUGUCCUGGAGCUUGAAUUCCACUCAGAACCACACUUUUAAUGUUCAAGUGUACAAAGGCAGAGAGAUACUCAAAAGCACCUGGGCAAGGAGCCGGAUUCUGGCCGUGUCUGGGUUGGAGGCAGGAGUCCUUUACAGAGUGACGACCAGCUACCAGGGGUGUGGGGCCGAUGUCUCUGCCUCGCUGGUCGUCAAGACAGAUGCCCAGGUUUUCCAAGUCACGAUACGGAUCACGAACCGGAACCUGACAGAGCAGAUGCUCAAUUGCAGCAGUGUGGAAUUCUGGAACUUUUCUCGACAGCUGUUUCAUGAGGUGGAAAAAUCCUUCCCCCAAGUCAUCUCUGACGUGUACCGACAAGGAAAGCUGAGGAUGCAGAUCGUGUCCCUGGAGGCAGGGAGCCUGGUGGUGACCCUUAGACUCACUCUGCAAGACCCUGAGUUUCCAGUGGGUGUCUCCACACUUAGGCCCAUGCUGCAGGCUCUGUCUGCGAGCACCGUGUUCCAGGUUGACCAGCAGGGGACGCUAGUGCAAGAUUGGGACGAGUGUGCACACAGCUCAGAGCAUGACUGCCACCCAGCUGCCCGCUGCAUCAACCUGGAAGGCUCCUACAAGUGCCAGUGUCUCACAUCCAGGGAUGCUAACCCCUCCAGGGCCGGCAGGGCCUGUGAGGGUGACAUGAUGACCCCCACAGGAGAUGAACUGCCUGUAACAAAGGCCACGUCCCCAGCUGCCAGCAGGGGAUUGGCAGCCAGUGGCCCAGAGACCCUCACCUUGUCUCCAAGUCCCAGGCCACCAAAGAGCACCCCAGCAAGAGGCCAAACCUGGACCGCAGGCCUUCCAUCUAGGAGAGAUGGUGGCAGCACAGUCGGGCAGGAUAGGACUAGCACGGGGCAAGAUGUGGAGGUGGCCAGCAUGGCCCUGAGCCUGGGUAUGAACCAUGGAAGUACCAAAUGGAUGACAAGCCCCUUUCCUGAGUCUCCAGGGCCAACCCAUGGUUCCCCUCAGGGGACAAAAGAUGUCACACUGCACCCCACUGGAAAGACACAAGAAUAUUUCACCACAGACCCACCCUUCUUGACUGCUCCACCCACGGGCUAUGUUGUAUGGCACCCCAGUCCUGCUUUGGGGAUACCCCUGAACUCCACAAGAGUACAGAAUGAAGACCCUGGACCUUCCUCCUUCCCAGGCCUGCCAUCGGCCCCAAAUCCUGAGGCUCCAGAGCCCCCUGCCUGUGUUCCUGGACCCAUCGGAAAGGUCACUGUCUCCAACGUGACCAGCACCAGCUUUUCCCUGGAGUGGUCAGCAGACAUCAGCCUUUCCCCAACCUUCUACCUCACUUUGGUCUCUCCUCGGGGCCCAGCCACAACUAUGGAGACCCAGGACAAUAAUGUGACAAUGUCAGGCUUAGAGCCCGGAGCCUUGCACCUGGUAGAGAUCGUGGCUAAGGUGUGUGGGAAAGAAGGUGCCAGAACACAGGUGAAAGUGCGGACAGUGGCCCAGAAACUCACUGGUGAAGUCCGGAUAGCGAACAUCCGAUAUUUGGAAUCCUUCCGAAACGCCAGCAGCCGGGAGCAUCGAGACUUCGUACAGUUGUUCUUCAGAACGGUGCGGGACUCUUUACCAGCCACGCUGCGUCAGCACAUGGACACGGGCAGGAUCCAUGUGGACAUCAUCAGCAUCACCAAUGGCAGCGUCGUGGUGGAGUUUAAUUUGCUAAUAAUGGCAGACGUGGACGUCAGGGAGGUGUCUGCUGCCUUCCUCACUGCCCUACAGAACACAUCGCUGCUGGAGGUGGUCAGAGGCAAAACCUUUAUACAAGAUUACAAUGAAUGUGAAAUGAGGGAAGAUGACUGUGCACCUGGGAUGUGCAGAAACACCUUUGGGUCUUUUACAUGUAGCUGUGAUGGGGGAAGACCUGACUCGCAUGUGGAAUAUUCUGGAAGAUCCUGUGAUGGUGGCUCUUCUGGGAACCUGGUCCAGACCCCAGGCCAAGAGUGGCCCCCUAUCCUAACAGGAACUAGGGAUACCCAUGUGCCAGCUGCCAGCUCCAUGGCCCAGGACCUGCCCCUGCGGCUGACCUUGACAGAUGCGGUUGGAGUGUCCUGUGAGAUUGAGACAGUGGUCAUCACCAUCCAGAAGCGCUUUCUGCGGCAGGAGGCUAUACCUGAGGCCUCUCUGUACCUGGGAGAGCCCUCCUGCAACGUGAGCAAGAGCAACAGCACACAUGUGUUCCUGGCGGCAGGCUGGGGCGAGUGCGGGACCCUCGUGCAGAGUAACAUGACCAGCACAGUGGUGAAGACCACACUGAGGAACGAUCUGUCCCCAGAGGGCGUCAUCCACCACCUGCAGAUCCUCAGUCCCAUCCAGUGUGUGUUCCGCAAUGACCUUCUGACUUCCUCGGGCUACACCCCACAAUGGGGAGUCUACACCGUCAUCGAAGACCUCCACGGUACUGGAAAUUUUGUCACUGAAAUGCAGUUGUUCAUCGGCGAGUCUCCCAUACCUCAGAACUAUACCGUGUCCGCCAGCGAUGAGAUCAAGAUUGAAGUGGGACUUCACAGGCAGAAGAGCAGUCUUAAGGUGGUACUCACCGAGUGCUGGGCCACCCCCUCCAGCAACGCCAGGGACCCCGUCACCUUUGGCUUCAUCAACAACAGCUGUCCUGUUCCUAACACCUACACCAGUGUGAUCCAGAACGGCAACUCCAGCAAGGCCCAGUUCAAGCUGAGGAUCUUCUCCUUCGUCAACAAUUCCAUCGUCUACCUGCACUGCAAGCUCAGAGUGUGCAUGGAGGACCCCAGGAACACGUGCAGGAUAAGCUGCAGCGACUUACGGUUGCUGAGAAGCACUGAAGCCGAGCACCAGAUGUCCUGGGGGCCCCUCCAUCGGUCUGAAGGCAUACCUGAAUGUACAAAGCCAGGCCUGGGGACUGGCUACAUCAUUGCCAUUGCUGUGGCUGCAUUUAUUGUGGUGGCAGGGGCCACAACCCUUCUGAUCUUGCGUUACCAGAGAAUAAGGGGAAAGUACAAUCUCAGAAUCCAGUCUGAUGACUUCGGCUACCAGGUGUUCUCUCAGUAGGAGACCCAGGCUGACCAGG